AUGUCAAAAAAAAUAACAAAUAUUCAUACCAAAAUAACUAAUAAGUAUAAUCAAUCGAAUUUAAAAGAUAAUAAGUCACAAGAUUUUCUUGGAGAAAUUGUUAAAGAGUUGUGUAAUCUGUAUAAUGAAGAAAGUUCUAAAUUCAAAAGUGAAGAAUUAAUUUUUGAAAUAUUGGAACAAUUUCUAGCCGAAAAAAAGCAAAAUCCAGAUAAUAUUAUCAAUUGGUGCUUGAAUGAUGAAAUAAAUCCUACA